CUCACUUUCUCUCUCUAAAAAUAUUCAUAAUUUAUAUGCGCCAGCUUUUCCCCUUCUCUCUCUGUUCCCAAGCAACCUCCCAUGGCGGGUCUGCAUUCUUCCAUUAGACCCUCCUCCUCGUCUUCUCUCUCCUCUUCGUCGCCGUCGUACCUGGCGUUCGCCUCGCGGCUGCUCUUCCUCCUCACUGUCCUCCCCCUCACCCUCGCCUGCUUCGCCUUCAUCCUCCAAUGGCGCGGCGGCCUCAACGACGAUCCCGUCACCCGCUGGUCCCCCGACCGCCACCAGUUCCCCGGCAUGGACGCCUCCGAAUCGCCCUCCCGCACGACCUCGCGCUCCGACUGCCUCGAUCCUCUCGGCAGAAGCCGUUCCCCCUCGUUCCCGUACUUUCGCGAUUGGAAAUUCGAUUACUCUGCGGAUCUGAGGCCUAAGAUAUGCAUUACAACAAGCACUUCUGCUGGUUUGGAGCAAACUUUGCCCUGGAUCUUUUAUCAUAAAGUUAUUGGAGUUUCGAACUUUUUCCUUUUUGUGGAAGGAAAGGCCGCCUCGGCCAAUGUAUCUAAAGUCUUGGAAUCAAUUCCGGGUGUGAAAGUUAUAUACAGAACAAGGGAAUUAGAGGAACAACAAGCUAAGAGCCGGAUAUGGAAUGAGACUUGGCUGGCGAGCUUCUUCUUCAAACCAUGCAAUUAUGAGUUGUUUGUGAAGCAAUCGCUCAACAUGGAGAUGGCUAUUGCCAUGGCAAGGGAAGCUGGAAUGGAUUGGAUAUUCCAUCUUGACACUGAUGAGCUAAUUCAUCCAGCUGGCACGCGGGAGUAUUCAUUGAGACAGUUGUUGGCUGAUGUCCCUGGAAAUGUUGAUAUGGUUAUCUUUCCAAACUAUGAAAGCAGUGUAGAACGAGAUGAUAUCAUGGAACCUUUCAGUGAGGUCUCAAUGUUUAAGAAAAACUAUGACCAUCUUCCAAAAGAUGUAUAUUUUGGCAACUAUAAGGAAGCAACCCGUGGAAAUCCAAACUACUUUUUGACCUAUGGCAAUGGGAAAUCAGCUGCUCGAGUUCAAGAUCACCUACGCCCUAAUGGCGCACACAGAUGGCAUAACUAUAUGAAGACACCUCAUGAAAUCAAAUUGGAGGAAGCUGCUGUGUUGCAUUACACAUAUACCAAGUUCUCUGAUUUGACUUCUAGACGUGAUCGGUGUGGCUGCAAGCCUACAAAGGAGGAUGUUAAAAGAUGCUUCAUGUUGGAAUUUGACAGAUCUGCAUUCAUAAUUGCUUCAACUGCAACAGAGGAGGAAAUGCUUCGCUGGUACGGAGAACGCAUUGUGUGGGCUGACAAAGAAUUAAACUUGAAACUUAUGAGGAAGGGCAUCUUGGCUCGGAUUUAUGCCCCUAUGGUGAUCAUUCAAGGUUUGCGAGAUUCCGGUGUUUUCAGCUCUGUAAUUGCGGCUGCUGAGCAAGCCAGUCUCUCGAAAGAGAAAUUCUUAUCCUCUGUUGAAAGUAGCAACUUUUCUCGGACGACCACAUCCGAUAGAGCGUUUUCGUCCAGAAGGGUUGGCAAAAUAGAUUCUAAAGCAACAACCGCAAGAAGGGUCUUGGAAUUCACAGAUGAUUCUACUCACCCCUCGGCAAUCCCACCUCGAUCUCCUCCUGAGUUGGAAGAUUCUUAUAUCGCUAUAUAGUUGACGUGCCAAUUGGCAAUGACCCUUUUGCCUCAUUGUUUCCAGUUUCUAGUUUGAAGAAUCAUCUGAGAGUUGAAGUUUUUCCGCAGGAGAGAGAAGCAAGUUUGGCAUCCAUACCAAGGCAUGCGAGUGUCCGUUUUCGUGGGGUUCUUCCCGAUCAUUACCCAAGCGCUGGUGUACAUUUCAGGUUUAGAAUAUAGAGUUUUGUAGAGCUAGAGAUGUAGAGCGGGGAUUCUGAUUUGCAGGCUUAAUUAAUGAUUAUGUUACCUUGGUGGUC